GAGAAACAAACCGUCGUGGCGCAGUUGGUUGCAAAGCACGACGAGCCUGGGUGGGGCAUUCCAACGCUGUGCUGUCGUUUGCUGGCGCAGGAUGGCUCGCAGUACGAACUGCAGGCUACCGGAGAAGCGCGGCAGCACUUCGAUCAGUUCCCUCUCCACGUGGUUUGCUCCUUUGAGGCUGCACGCGCCUGCGUCAAGCCGUGUGCGGCGGCGAGUAGGACGGGCGUAAAGUCCAAGGCUUUCCUGAGGAUGCUCUACAAGCCCAAGGCUUUCCAGAGGGCAUUGGCGUCGUUCCCACUCGAGGCGGUGGCUGACCGGAAGCACUCGCAGCCGCAGGAUAUCGACCAGAUGGCUGAGGGUGUUGGGUUGGCGCGCCGCAGCAUCAGCUUGCGCUACGGGGACUACGAGUAUGACGUCCAGUUGCUGGGUUCCUCCACAUUGGGCACCUGCAGCAUAGGCGACAAGAUCAUGAUCUACAGCGUGCGGAAGUCGUUGUAUGGUGGCGUGGCCGCCGUUGAGACAACGCGCUCGUCAUGGAUGCUUGUUGCUCCGUCAUGGAUAGUCGUGCCAGAUAGCGCAGGCCCGGCAAGAAAGGCGAUGCGCGUGGAUGUUUCGCCCCCGGUGUCGGUGAGUCAGCUGAAGAACCAGAUGCAGGCUUGUGCGACCAAUGCAACACUUGUUGCAAUCGAUGGCGACAUUUUCGAUUGCAACAUCUGGGUGAGCGACCAGAAGCUGAGGGUGCCAAUCACCCUUCGCGAUUCUUCAGGGACUGUGGAUGCAACGUUGUGGGGCGAGCAGUUGACGUUGGCCUGUGGCUUGAACUUGGACGAGAUCGCGGCAAUGUGGGCGCUGUGCGAGGAGGACCACGAUGGGCGCGAAGCAGCGCGUGAAGCCUUCCUCGGCAUCUUCAAGCCGUUGACUGCCGAGCGCACCUGGACGUUGCGGCCGAGAGAGUGGCGAUCCAGCGUUCAAUGGAACGUCGCCGCAGUCUCCGCCCCACUUGAAUCCUCUGAGUGA